GUAGUGUGUAUGUUUCAAUGUGAUAGUUCCAUAUUAAUAAAGAAUAGCCAUAAGCACACUUAGCCGUCACACUUUUGUCUAGUUUGGUGUUGUUCGUUAAUGGUAUUACGCACCAAUUAAGAGUAAUGUGACACCAUUGCACUCAAAUCGUGUUAAUUGGCCUCACUUCGGCGGAGAACGGCUUUGACGCAGUUUCAACAGGUGAUUAUUAGAAAAUUGGCUGUGUUGUUGCUGUGUGCAAUCGUUCGUUGAGUGAAGGCAGUAUGGGUAGAAUGGGAAGAUUAGGUCCUUUAGUUGGAGCAAUUGAUGAAGGAACAAGCAGCGCAAGAUUCUUGGUGUUCUCUGCUCGAACAUCUGAGGUAAUAGCCUCCCAUCAAAUAGAAUCAUCAUACAUAUUUCCACAAGAAGGAUGGGUGGAACAAGAUCCACUGAAAAUAUUAGAUACUGUUAAGAUAUGCAUUGAAAAAGUGGCAGAAGAACUUCAAGAGCAAGAAAUAGAACCAAGUGAUAUAGUUACCAUUGGUAUAACUAAUCAGAGGGAGAGUACAGUAGCCUGGGAUUCCAUCACUGGGAAACCUCUUUAUAAUGCUAUAAUAUGGUUAGACAUGCGCACAACUUCCACAGUAGAUGAAUUAUUAUCCAAAGUACCCAAGAAGAAUAAGAAUUGCCUAAAACAGUUAUGUGGUCUGCCACUAAGUCCUUAUUUCAGUGCUUUGAAAAUGAGAUGGCUUAUGGAAAAUAUCCAAGAAGUUAAAGAUGCAGUAAAAGGCAAUCGAUGUUGUUUUGGAACCAUAGAUUCAUGGCUUAUAUGGAAUCUCACUGGUGGUAGUAAUGGUGGUCUGCAUCUAACUGAUGUCACAAAUGCCUCCCGGACAAUGUUAAUGAACAUAGCUACAUUAAAGUGGGAUCCUGAAUUAAGCAGAUUUUUCAACAUACCAAUAAACCUUUUACCUGCAAUACACAGUUCUUCAGAAAUUUAUGGACACAUAUCUGAUGGACCACUAAAAGGAACACCAAUAUCUGGAUGUCUAGGUGAUCAACAGUCUGCAUUGCUUGGUCAGAUGUGUCUAAAAGAAGGACAAGCAAAAUGCACUUAUGGUACUGGAUGUUUUCUUCUGUAUAACACUGGGACUAAGCUGGUCGAGUCAACUCAUGGCCUUGUGACAACUGUGGCAUACCAGAUGGGCAGUUCACGUGCACCAGUGUAUGCCCUGGAGGGGUCCGUCGCUGUAGCAGGAGCUGCAUUAAGUUGGUUGCGUGACAAUGUCUGUCUCUUGCAUGACGUGUCAGAGACUGAAAGUCUUGCUAGUACUGUGAAAGACACCAAUGAUGUCUAUUUUGUUCCUGCCUUCUCAGGGCUCUAUGCUCCACAUUGGCAGAAGGAUGCGAGAGGAACAAUAUGUGGCAUUAGUGAAGAUACAACACAAAGGCAUAUAAUUCGUGCUGCACUUGAAGCCGUCUGUUUCCAGAUAAGAGACAUCCUUGAAGCUAUGAACAAAGAUUGUGGAAUUCCUCUUCAGAAGCUACAAGUAGAUGGUGGCAUGACUUCUAACAACUUAUUAAUGCAAUUGCAAGCUGAUUUGACAGGGAUUCCCGUCAAACGACCAGUGAUGAGUGAAACAACUGCCUUAGGUGCAGCUAUGGCUGCUGGCAGUGCUGAAGGAAUUGAGGUCUGGGACACCACAGAGCUUCAUCCAACGCUCUGUGAUGAAUUUAAGCCUGCUAUAAGUAAUGAAGAACGAAAUCUUCGGUAUUCAAAGUGGAAAAUGGCAGUAGAAAGAAGCCUUGGUUGGCAAGUGGCAGACUCAAAUGAUGAAAUAUAGAUAUCUAAAUGGUAGAUGGGAUUGUUUAAUGUGACCUAAUACGCUUGUGAAUCUUUUGUAGGCCAUGAGAUACCUGUAGUUUUCAACUGAUUUUUUUUGCAACUAUCACUAAAUGUCAACGAGUAAAGAAGAAGAAGAAGAAGAAGAAGAAGAAGAAGAAAGAAGAAGAAGAAGUUUCUCAGAGUCUGAUUAAUACUAUGUCCUUUUCAUAUAUGAUGACUGAGCUUAAAGUUCUCCAGGUAUCAGAGGAAAUGUAUUCAUAAGAAGCAAGUUAAUCAGCAAGAAUAGAAUCUAAUCAAUCAAUCAAUCAAUAAUGCAACUUCUCAUUAUCAGCUACUGCUACAUCUAGUGCUAGACACACAUGAUAGUUUCUGUAUUUCAAUUUGGUCUGUGUUUGUUUUUGAGAUAUGUUGUUUUUCAGUCCUACUUUUAUUCUUAUAGCCAUCUGACACUCAAGUCCAAUUACUGAUUUCAUUUACAAUUAUGUGAAACAGGGAGAAAAUUAAUAAUAUCUAAUGGAAUGGGGUAGGGUAUGGUGUGUGUAACAUUUGAGCACUGUAAAAAAAAAUGGAAAAAGUAUUACAGAUGGAUCAGUGACAAAGUUAAACUGGCAGUAUAAAAGUAUAAGAGGUAUGAAGAUUAAACUCACGUUUUUUUUUUUUUUUUUUUUUUUUUUUUUUUUUUUUUUUUUUUUACCAUCAUGCAGAAUGGCUGUGAAGUAUGUGGAAGAUAUUAAACAACCAGCCUUCCUGAGUUCACAGAGACUAAUAUCCAUCCAACACUUGGUUGACCAUUGUCAUAUCUGUACUUUCCAUGUGAUGAUCAUAAAUUACUUAGCUGUCAGAUGAUGUUGCGUUUGCCAAAGGUGAAGCUUUUCAAGAGAUUAUAUGAUAAUGAGCUUACAUUACUUAAAUUUGAGGCAAAAAUUUUAUUUCCUUGAAUUAUGCUUCAGUCCUCAUAUACAGAUUUAUAAUGCAUAGAGCUUCGAUUUUUUGCACAAGUGUACACUAUACUGCAUAGAGCUUUGAUUUUUGUACAAAUGUACAGAUUAAUAAAAAUGUUGGAAAGAACUGUU